AUGGCAUCUACAAUGAAUAAUGGUGAGCUAGUUAAUAAUUCAUCUUUUGCUAUUGAUCAAUCAACAAUAACAAAUGGAAUUAAAAUAACUGAAUUUUCACGUCGUAUAGGAGAUCAACUAAUUCUUUAUCAAAUUAUUCGUUAUCCAGAUCGGUGCCUUUUUAUCUGGAUUGGAACAUCAUCCUGUGAUAUAUCAAAUUUAGCUAUGACAAUGCCUAGAAUGACAUCAUCAUCGUCAUCGUCUUCAUCAAAUGAAUUUCUAGGAACAACACUUUUUGGUGUCGACUUUUAUGAGCAAUCAUUGUCAUUAAGUAAAAAAGUUGCACGCCGUUUAGGUGGUCAAAAACAAAUCUAUAUUAGUCUUAAUCUAUCGAACGAUGCUGAUAAUGAAAUGUUAUUAGGUGAAAUUGAACAAGCUCUUUUUGAGCAUAUACGUCAAAAUGAACAAGAUUAUUGA